GUCUUGCUUCUGAAGCAGUCUGGUGGCAGAGGUCUCCAGCAGAAGGCUGCAGCGGGACAGCACCGCGGCGAGGCGCCGGCAGGCUCCAGUUGUGCUUGACAUGGCCCUGGUCCACUAGCCCUGCCAUGACGGCACUCUUCCCCACUGUUCCCAACUGGAUUCAAGAUGCAAAGCAGGAGGAGGAAGAGACAGGCUGGAAAUUAGUCCCCAGACCAAGAGAAGAGACUGAAAGUCAGGGAAAAUGCCAAUGUGACCUAUCUGAGACUUCCUUCAGCCCCGUGGACAAGCUGAGGGCCCACGCGCUCCCCCACAGCGAGCAGAGACCCUACAACUGCCCCCAGCUGCACUGUGGCAAAGCCUUUGCCUCCAAGUACAAGCUCUACAGGCACAUGGCCACUCACUCUGCCCAGAAGCCUCACCAGUGCAUGUACUGCGAGAAGAUGUUCCACCGCAAGGACCACCUGCGCAACCACCUGCAGACGCACGACCCCCACAAGGAGGCGCUGCACUGCCCCGACUGCGGCAAGAGCUACAACACCAAGCUGGGCUUCCGCCGGCACUUGGCCAUGCACGCCGCCGCCAGCGGCGACCUCAGCUGCAAGGUCUGCCUGCAGACCUUCGAGAGCACCCAGGUCCUGCUGGAGCACCUCAAAGCUCACUCGAGGAGGGCCUCCGGGGGAGCCAAGGAGAAGAAGCAUCCCUGCGACCACUGCGACAGGCGCUUCUACACCCGCAAGGACGUGCGCAGGCACCUGGUGGUGCACACGGGCAGAAAAGACUUCUUGUGCCAGUACUGUGCCCAGAGGUUUGGGAGGAAGGAUCAUCUGACCAGGCACAUGAAGAAAAGCCACUCCCAGGAGCUGCUGAAGAUCAAGACGGAGCCGGUGGACAUGCUGGGUCUGCUGAGCUGCGGCUCCUCCGUGGCGGUGAAGGAAGAGCUGAGCCCCGUCCUGUGCAUGGCAUCCAGAGACAUGAUAGGUGGCAAGAGCUUCCCUGGCAUGCUGCCCGUGGGCAUGUACAGCACCCAUCUCCAGACCAUGCCCAGCUCAGGGAUGCCCCAUUCCUUGGUUCCUAGUUCUCUUCCCAUGGGAAUGAGCUACCCUCUGGAAUCUUCUUCUCCCAUCUCCUCCCCGCCGCAACCUCCUCCAAAGUAUCAGCUUGGAUCUACCUCAUACCUGCCUGAGAAGCUGCCCAAAGCAGAGGUGGAGAGCUUCCUGCCAGACUUCCCCGGCGGCCUGGCGCUCUCGGCCGCUGAGCCGCAGCCCUCCUCGCCUCCGCCGCCCGCCCUGGACGAGGCUUUGCUUUCCAAGAGCCCUGCCAACCUGUCCGAGGCUCUCUGUGCUGCUAACAUGGACUUCUCUCACCUCCUCGGCUUCCUCCCCCUCAACCUCCCCCCUUGCAACCCCCCGGGAUCGUCAGGGGGCCUGGUCAUGGGCUACUCACAGGGGGAGACCCAGCCACUGCUCACCACUUUGCAACAUCAGCCUCAAGAGUCUCCCGGGGCUGGGGCCUCGCUGAACUUUGGGCCUCUCCACUCGCUGCCUCCUGUCUUCACCUCCAGCCUGAGCACCACCACCCUGCCGCGUUUCCACCAGGCCUUCCAGUGAGCUGCAGCUCAGGACCUUGCAGCCCCCUGCUGUGGAGAGCCUUAAAAACGCACAACUCUCAACUCCUCCCCGCCGGGGGUGGGAGAGCUUCUGCCGAGCUGCUGCAGACAGGAGGUUCCUGAUCUCUGUCUGGAGGGAGAGCGCUUGGAGACUGGACCAGCAGCUUGCCCCCAGGCCGAGUCCCAGUCCUGACCAUCAGACUGCAGCUGAGACUGGAGAGAUUUUAAUGCCAUUUUCAUCUGUGAGUUGGGAGCCAGGCUGAGCACUGCCCUUCCCCAGCCCCUGGAGCUGAGGUCCUCCGUGGGAAGGGACUGUCCCUUGGAAGGAGUUGAGACUCUUUCACCUUGGGCUAAACGUUUGAGGGGUCCUGCUCCCGUUUCACCUCAGCACACUGCAGUCCUGGCCAAGCAGCCAACACCUCCAGGAGGAGCAGUCAGGAUCCCUGCUGCAUUUGAAGCCCAACAGGGAAGAGGCUGAAGCCUUCCCCUCUACCUCUCGCCCAUCACCACCUCACACCACUUCUCCACACCAGUGUUACGCCGUGAGACCAUCUGCACUGUGAGUCCAGAGCUGUCACCUCCCUCUCCUGGGGGAUCCACCAGGUGAAGCUCAUCACAGUGACCAUUGUUUACACAACCCAAACCUCUUUCUGCUAUUACAGACCCAGGAGGCACCAGCAGGCCCUGGGUUGCUGGCUGGGGCAGCUGGAACACUGUUUACACAACCAAGUCAGGUUGCACUGAUUUCUUCUCACUCACCAUGAUCUUCCCCCAUGGGGAAAUGCUCUGCUCUUGGACCACUUCAGCAGCUUCCAACCUUUCCUCUCUGGUUUAUCCCCACCCCACAACGUGUCAAGGGGAAGGAGCAGCUCUGGCAGCUCUGCUUGGCUCUGUGCUGUGCAGGUGGAGCCCUGGGAACCACCUACCCAAGGUUCUCCAUCCGUGCUGGAAACCAAAGCCUGUGAAGAAGCAAGGUGAGGAGCUCAGGGCUGGUGGCACCGAGUCCUGUUGUGCCAGGGAGGGCUGAGAGCAGGCUGCAGGCCCCACUCUGUGGCUGCCCUUGAGAAGAGGGGCAGAGGAUGAGUUCCUGGCAGUGGUUUGCCACAGCAGCCUACCUUUCUGGCUUGACCACAGAGCAGUCUCAAGAGGUAUGGUUUUGCCUCACUCCUGAGGGGAUAAUGUCCAAGGAUUGGGAGGAAGAAGUGGUGCCAGCUUCAUGUGCUCUCCAGCAGUGCAUCUGGAGCUUCUCUGCCAACACUAACAGCUCCAACAGGCACAGAGGGCUUGGGCCUGCAGCCACCCAGUCCCUGAGGACUUGGUCCCACUGCCCUCUCUGUUCUCUCCUCCUCAGGCCUUGCCUGCUGCCGUUCAACUCUUGCUUCCCCUGCUCCCUGCCCCACUCAGACUCCCUCAUGGACUGUCUGCCUGCCGAGGGCAGAGGGGUGGCACUGGUAAAGUGGCACCAUUUAGCAGCUGUGUUGGCUCCUGCUCUCAUUUCCUGGGUGCUGGCACCUCAGCUGGCACAACCAGAGGUCGAUCUCAGCCCGUCUGUGAACACAGACCCACAGCUCUCCAUACCUCAAGCCUCGAGCAGCCCUUCCAGGCCAGCAGACCCCAGGAAACCCAUCCCAGCUGUUCUCCACCAAGCUAGAAGAUGCCAAUCUACCUCUGAUCUGUCUCCCAGCUCCAGACACCGCCCUCCCUGCUCACCCAGCUCAGCCCAGUGCACCUUCUGCUGAGCCACCCGCCCCAGGGCGUGCCACAGCUGUGCCUUGGCUGCUCACAGGCUUCUCCUCCCCCCAGCCCGCGUUUGCCUCCGGGAUUUUGUUGUUGAUUUUAGCUGUAGUGAUCCCUCCCAGAACGACUCUGUAGAGCUGUGUCGGUUGUGCAGCAGCUAGAUCAGUCGGGUUAGGCUUAGGCAGCCCUGCUGCAGCCAAGACUUUUGUAUCAAAAUGUAAUAUAAGAUUUAUUUACCUCAGCCAUGCCCUGUGGCAGUGACCUCCCCACUUGGAUGCAGUACUUCCUUCUCUCCACUGUGAAACCUGGUGGCCUUCUGACCUUCAACGAGUGCCUUCUUCUCUUACACAGCAAAGGGAAAAGGGGAGGGGGAGGUGGCUCAGCUCCUCUCCUCUUUACCCCCCAUGGAAUACCUCAGCCUUGUCUUCUGGGUCUUAUUGAAAGGAGUUUCACACUGCUGCCAGCUCCCUGCAGCCUUAGCCCUGCCCUCGCUUCAGAGGAGUUCUCUUCCUGAGGAGUUCUUUUUUCCUUCUUUUUUUCUUCCCCUUUUCCUUUUUCCUUCUGAGCAAUAAAAGGGUCAGAAGUGGUCCCUUGCAAGUAGGAUUAGCAGAUGGAUGCAAUGCCAGCCCACACCUCCUCCUGCUCCGUUUACCCCUUCUCACCUGCCUUGUCCCCCCCCCAGCAGAUGCCAUCACUGGAGCCCUUUAGCAGCAGUAGCUGGACUUAGAGCCAGGCCUCUGUUUCCUGCCAGUAGUCAAAAGAAUAAAUGGAUUCAUUUUGCUAUGA